AUGUGCUGGUCUCUCUGUGCUUCGAUCUUGGCGUACGGAAGAUUGGUGUUCUUGGUUACGGGAAAGAUAAGUUACGGAAAACGAAAAGCCGCUGCCUUUAGCUACGGCACUCUAUCGAUUCUGUUGAUAGUAGUAAAAAUUGUAAUUCCCAAUAUUUUUGGUUUAAGAGAUAAUCUGGAAGCUGCAUUGGCUGGCGCGUACUUCCUAGUGACGCUGAAUCUUCUCAUUAUAGUGAAAGUGAUGUCAUCAGUGGUUCCGUGCUGCAAGAAGAGAAUAUUACGUACUGGUGGUACACGUACUCUUUCCUUGAUCGGUAUAGCAAUACUUUCUGAUGUAGUGAUUUCGAUAGCUAUACUGGUGCCUUUCUUAGCUUAUUUCGAUCUUUUAUUUGACUACAGAUUAAUUCCACAUGCGAUAAUAGUUUUGUUUAACAGAUCGUCCAUAGAAUAUUUUAAAAAACAACGAGAGAGGAGGAAAAAACGUGCGGUCCAAGAUACGGAACUU